UAUUUUAAUAUACUGUAAUAAAAGCAUGCUGUAUGCUGUUCUAGAAUCUUGUUAUUGUUUGUUUUAAAGAGCACUCGCUGAUAGUGCUUUAAAAAAAAAAAAAAAAAAAAUCUUGUUUUUGUCUACAGGGGUUCAUCACAAACAAUGCAGCACCACAGUGGCUUCCCUGUGAAAAGCAACUUGUUUGUGAGCUAAUUCCUUUAGCACCAGUGUGGCUGGUGUCUCUUGCGGGCCAGCCAUGUGACUGAUGAAUCUGAAUCUGCCAUGCCUGGCUGCCAUAAUACUAAAAUAAACAAGGAGUUUAUCACUGACAAUGACCAGUGUAAACUGUGACAAUGACGACUGAAACAGGUUUAGAGACUGAAGUAAAGAAGGAGCUGAAACAGACCGAGGAAGAGCCAGCAGCUCCGGAGCAGAAGACACAGGUGCAGGACGAAGCGGCACAGCAGCAACAGGUGGACCCGAAACAAGAACACAAAGGGGCUGAAAAAACAGAGGAGCGUUCAAAUAACAAGGAGACGCUGCAGUCUGCCACUGCAGAGCAGCCUUCAGGCGAACAAAAUACAGACACUCCCCCGUCGCCAAAGCCAGCUAUCCCCAGUGCACAGACCAGCCCCGGGGUGAGCAAGAAAGGGAAGGAGCAGGCUGCAGGGAAGGGCAUCUCUAGGUUCCUUCCCCCAUGGCUUAAGAAGCAGAAAUCUCAGAGCCAAGUCGAGCCCAAGGAGAGUCUGGGGAGAGAGGACCCGGUGAAAGAGGAGGGUUACGUUCAGGAGAAAUCUGAGGAGGAGGGGAGGAAAAUAGAGGUGGGAGGAGAGGACGGAGUAGACAAACCAGCUGAGGAUCGACGCUCUCUGCCACAGGACAGUAAGGCAGAUGAAAAGGAGGAGAAACAUUCAAUAAACAGCGCAAAGACAGAGCCUGCAAAAGAGGAGACCAGAAAAGAUACUUUGGAAAAAGACGCAGACUUGGAGGAGGAGGAGGACAAGAACGGAGCUGGAGAGGAGAUUCAGAAGAUGAUUAAGGAGGAAGCGAAAGUUCAGAAACCUGAAUUGAAGGCUGAGAAGUCUCCGGAGAAGCCACCCAAGAAGAUGAAGACUGUGGUGUGCAAGGUCAUGAUGCUGGAAGGCACAGAGUUCCCCUUUGAGGUCGAGAAACGUGCAAAAGGCCAAGUGCUAUUUAACAAAGUAUGCGAGAAUCUUAAUCUGUUGGAGAAGGACUAUUUUGGUCUGACAUACAGAAGUAACAAUGACCAGAAGAACUGGCUUGAUCCAGCAAAGGAAAUCAAGCGCCAGAUUCGAAGUUCCCCUUGGCAGUUUGCCUUCAGUGUAAAAUUCUAUCCACCGGAUCCCUCGCAGUUAACUGAAGAUAUAACUAGAUAUUACCUGUGCCUUCAGCUUCGUCAGGAUAUUGCUUCAGGCUGUUUGCCCUGCUCGUUCGUGACUCACGCUCUUCUCGGUUCCUACUCCCUGCAAGCUGAGCUGGGAGACUACGAUCCUGAAGAGCAUAGAGUGGACUACAUCAGCAAUUUCCAGUUUGCACCAACACAGACCAAGGAGCUGGAAGAGAAAGUGAUAGAACUGCACAAAACACACAGGGGAUUAACUCCAGCUCAGGCUGAUAAUCAGUUUUUAGAGAAUGCCAAGAAACUUUCCAUGUAUGGAGUGGAUCUACAUCAUGCCAAGGAUUCGGAAGGAGUGGAUAUCAUGUUGGGCGUAUGUGCCAGUGGACUGCUCGUCUACAAAGACAAACUCAGAAUAAAUCGUUUUGCUUGGCCAAAGAUUCUCAAGGUUUCCUACAAACGCAGUAACUUCUACAUCAAAGUCAGACCAGGGGAGACGGAGCAGUUUGAGAGCAUGAUUGGAUUUAAGCUGCCAAACCACCGGGCUGCCAAGAGGCUGUGGAAGGUUUGUGUGGAGCACCACACUUUCUUUAGGUUGGCAUCACCAGAACAACCCCCGAAAGCCAAGUUUCUGACUCUGGGCUCCAAAUUCCGCUACAGUGGUCGAACACAAGCUCAGACAAGGCAGGCCAGCACUCUCAUUGACAGACCAGCUCCAUAUUUUAAACGCACUUCCAGUAAUCGAGUGUCCAGGAGUCUUGAUGGAGCUCCUGUAGUCAGUGUUACUAAUCACAGCCUGGUGGACUCUCUUGCUGCUGAAAUCAAUGGGAAGGGUGAUGCAGCAGAUAAAGAUAAUGCAGAAGAAGCUGGAACACCCUUCAGAACUCAAAUGGAACUCUCCCCAGAAUCCAAGAGCAAGUCAUUGAGAAUAAAGGGGGAAAAUAUAUAUGUCAGGCAUAGCAAUUUAAUGUUGGAGGACCUGGAUAAGACCCAGGAGGAGGUUUUGAAACAUCAUGCUAGUAUUUGCGAAUUAAAACGCAGUUUUAUGGAAUCCACACCCGAGCCACGCCCCAGUCAGUGGGAAAAGCGUCUUGCCACAACUUUGCCUCCAAUGACACUAGGGAGCUUAGAAGAGGAGAUAACAACCAUUUUAUUAAGUAAAGAAAGCUUUUCUUCUUAUUUGACUGGCUCCUUCACCAUUACUGCAAAGCGAGCAGCAGAGGGCGCUGGUGCUAAAACUCCAACUGAAUCUCUUUCUCUGUCCCCUUCCACAUGGUCCACUGAGAAAACCCAGACCAGAACAGAUGGACCUCAACCAGAUGCCAGAAACAUCACUGAGACCUCAGAUGAAAAACAAAAGGCAGAGAUGGGGGAAGAGGUAGAGGUUGUGAUAGAAGAAACUGUUAUUGAAGAGAUCAGGAGAACGGCCAAACUUAAAAACAGUCCAGACAUGACCAAAAGCCCUGCAGCAGCCAUUCCAUCAGGAGAGGGUGAGGAGGAGAAAGCGCUGAAGGAACAAGCUAGUAAGGCGAACACUUCUUCUGACAGCCAUAGUGAGAGCGAGGAUGAAGCAGACUACCACCCCCAGCUGGUCAAGGUGGCUGUGGACCAAAUAAGGGAAGAAUCAGAAGAGAAUGAUGAAGAACUAGGGAAGGAGUCCCAGGUGCCCAUGGAACAUCCAGCUGAAGGAAUUUUGUUGCCUCCACCUCCUGAGGUUCAGGGAGUUGCAGAUGAAGAAAAGCAGGAAUGCAAGGCCCACGGAGAAGAUGAAGCUCUGAGCUCCCCAGCUGAGAAAAAGACGGAACAAGAAGCAGAAAAGACUGAGGAGUUGAAAGUAAAUGGGGAAGUGUCUCGCAGUGUUUCCGAAGUUAACACCCAGGUGAUUUAUUGCUCUGAGCCUCCAGUGGUAAAGACAGAGAUAGUGACCAUCUCUGAUACCUUUGCUGGCCAGAAAACAGACAUCUCAACAACAGAGGUUCCCAUUGUACACACGGAGACUAAAACUAUUACUUAUGAAGCUUCCCAGCUGGAUGGCAGCGAAGAUGGUGAGCCUGGCAUUCUUAUGUCUGCACAGACCAUCACUGCUGAAUCACUCUGUACUACAACAACUACACACAUUACCAAGUCAGUAAAAGGUGGUCUUUCUGAAACCAGGAUUGAGAAGCGCAUUGUCAUUACUGGAGAUGCAGAUAUUGACCACGAUCAGGCCUUGGCCCAAGCAAUUAAGGAAGCCAAAGAGCAGCACCCUGACAUGUCAGUGACCAGGGUGGUGGUACAUAAGGAGACUGAGCUCACUGAAGAAGGGGAGGAUUGACUGCAAGAACUGAAAAUAGGACCCUAUGGAAGUUGUCCCUCAGUUUGAGAAUAUUCUAGGCAUCUUCAAUGUGGAGCAACUGGUCGACUACUGUAGCCUGAAGAAUUUCAGAAGGUGAUGAUAUAAAUUCAAUAUUCUGUCUGUGCUUUGCACAGUUCCUAUUUUUACUCCUGUUUAUAAGAAAACCACUUAACAUUCCUAGCUUUUUUUUUGUUUAAUUUUAUAAUUAGUGCUGUUGCAAAAUUUGUUUACCAUUUAUUAAAAACAAAUAAUUUACAAGUGAUCUUUUUUUUAAUUAUUACAAGUAGCAAUCACAUUGGAUACAUUUCUGUUAUGUACAGUAAGCUUAUCUUUAGAUUAAAUCGAUCAUCAAAAAAAUUGUAUGAUUUAAAAAUCGAUUGGAUUUAUCAUUUACUCUUUGUAUAAACUUGUAUCAAACAAAUGAAGAAUGGUAAAGUAACGUAAUUGGGUACAUUUUAACGGGUCCUGAUUUUGACGAUGCACUGUGUAAUGAAGUACAUUGCACUAUGGUGCCAACACUCUUAUAUGUAGUCAAGCUAAACAUUCCAUGUUAUGGAGGUGUAUUUAUCUACCUCCUACUUAAAUUCUUCAAUUCUAGGCAGCUUUAAAAAAAAAAAAAAAAAAAAAAAAAAAAAAAAAAGCAUUUUGAUAACUUCUUUCUGGCAUCACUAAUCUGAAUGAUAUUUAUAGAAUACUUUUGCUAUCUUAAACACUUUGUCUUAAUGUGUAAGCUGAUUUCGCUGUUCCUUGGGCACGUUUGCUCUUUUGAAUAUUUUGUCUUUUUUUUUUUUUAAUUAAAACAAUUUCACCAAUC